UACGACGAACGGUGUCGCACAGUUGGUAAUGUACGCUCGCCACGGUUAAACGUUAAAAUGUGCCAAGUUCGCCUUUAAACGAAAUUUGAUGGCCACGCGCACACAUGCAUACAUACAUUCGAAAAAAAUCAAAGCAUUUAUAUAAUUGUUUAAUUAGUUGUUGAUCAGCAACGCUUUUGAAAUUCGAACAUAGAGGAAUUGAAAAGUUAAAACAAAAAAUUAUUUGCAAAAGUGGUUUACAAAAACAAAAAAAAAAGAGUUGUGAAUUGAAAAAAAAAACUGAAAAUAUUUUGAAGUGCUUUAGUGAGUUUAAUAAAUUAAAAUUGAAAAAAAAAAAAAUGUCCAGCGUGCAAGUCUCACAGCCGCCGACGUUGCAACAACAACAUCAACAGCAGCAACAGCAACAGCAACAGCAGCAAAUUUCGCAUUUCCUCAAUCACAUAGCGGCCGCGCAACACCAACACCAACACCAACACCAGCAACAACAACAACAACAACAGAAUUCUUCACCAACACGCAAUGAUUAUCAAAAUGACAACAACACCAGUUCUACCCUUUCGCCGCACUCACCUGCACACUCCAGCCCCACACGUUCGUCAACACAUUCCCCACGUUCCGCCACAAAUUCCCCACCAAAUAGUUACACGUCCAACACCAGCCCACAACUUGAUAAUAAACAACCGUCCGUCUUGCAACUACCGCCCAACAACAGUGUUGCCACGUCCGGCGGCUUGCCGUUAAUUGUUACACCAAUACCCGCACUAACACACCUGCCGUCGCCUCUGGCAUCCACCAACGCCACCACCACGGUCGCGAGCGGUUUGCGUGAUCAACGCAUCUUUCCAGCUCCACUGGUCGCACAAGUACCACCACCGCCCACGCAGCCGGUGAUGUCUGCGCCACGUUUAUAUGACACAUUUACGUCUGUUGGUGCAUUACCCGUCGGCCAUCCCGCCUUAGUGAAUGGUUGUUAUCCCAUGCCGCGUUUGCCACUCAGCAAUGUUAUGUUGGCGCAACAAAAUACUACCGCAUCCAUUUCGCCGCCAGUCACCACUACGACGACUCCACAAAGUCAACCGAAAAAGUCAUUUUGUAUUGAUGCCUUGCUGGCGAAGAGUCAAAGUGGUGAUGAGUUAUCGGAAAAUAAUACUGCAAAACCGCUAACAGAAGAUCGCUUGGCGGCAUUUCAUUAUGCGCGCGAUAAUGUGGAGUUCAAUCAAGCUCUUGCCGCUGGUAUAACUGAGCAGGAGGCGUUGCAGCGGAUACGUGAGUCUCGCGAGUAUGGCACACCGAGUCCCGAUGGCAUGUCGAGAUCAGAAUCGCCCACAUCAUCACAUCGCUCUAGUCCGCCCAUUAGUCCUGGUUGUGAGGAUCAACAUCAUUUAGGUUUGCCUAUGGAUUUUCAUGAUGAAUUCAAGAAACCCAUACCACCGCAUAGUCCCAUCAGGCCGCAAGACUUUCCGCUCUAUGCCGGCGGUCAUCCGUAUCAGUUGUUGGCGCAAGGCGGUUCAGCGUUUCAUCGGCCUCUGGAUCCAACAGGCAAACCAAUACCGCUCUCCAUGGGUCACGCCUUCAUGCCUUCUCACCUCCAAUUCGAAUUUUUAGCCCGCGCUGGCAUGCUACACCAUCGCAUCCCCGAACUGGCUGCCUAUCCACAUCACGCCAUAUUGGGUAAAACGCGACGCCCACGCACCGCAUUCACAUCUCAGCAGCUGCUCGAGCUGGAAAAGCAAUUCAAGCAAAAUAAAUAUUUAUCACGCCCAAAGCGUUUCGAAGUGGCAAGUGGACUGAUGCUAUCGGAGACGCAGGUGAAAAUCUGGUUCCAAAAUAGACGUAUGAAGUGGAAACGUUCCAAGAAGGCACAACAAGAAGCGAAGGAACGUGCCAAACAACAACAACAGCAACAACAACAAAACCAACAACAACAACAGAGUACAAACACAGGCAGUUAGUUACUGACCGAUGCGUCGAUUCUACGAAGAGGCAUACGCGAGUUGGCUCACUAACCAAAAUAUCCCAGCAAAGGAGCAUACGUCAGCACAGUUAACAACAACCACAGCGAAGCUAUCAUCAACCCCAUCAACAGCAGCAUUCAUGGUAAUUAUAAUUCUAGUCAAACUCUAACGCCGGACAUUGAACUCGGAGCAUAGCAAAUGUAUCUAGCUAAUUUGUUGCAUCCUCCCCUACGUUGGGAUGUGGGGUUGUUGGUGCUCUGUGCUCUGUGUGAAUGCUGCGGGCUGUUUGUUAAAGAAGUCACUCUUACUCUUGCUCCUGCUUCAUGCUCUCGCUGCUGCUGUGGUCUCCAACGUCGAUUGCACUUUUGGUACGUGCAUUGGCACUCUUGGCGUUGCCAUAUUGUUUGCUUUGUAAUUAACUCGUUUGCGUUAAGUGCUGCGUCCAUGUGAAGAAUUCAUGAGUACUCGUAAGGGAGUUGAAUGUGGGAUGAACUGAAAGGCGAGUAAAGAGCUCACAGACCGUUUGUUUGCCGUCUAUAUAAUGAGCACAAUUCAAUAUUUGGUGUUCCGAUCCAGAGGCAUAGAUUCCCGAAAGUGGCAUAUGAGUUUAUGAAAUUCUCCUAAGUGCGGUGGGAGUACGAGUGUAGAAGAGUUGGACACUUCCAUGACUUUCGUUUGUUACCCCGUUGUAUUAUGUAGAUACUUAUGUAAAUAAAUAGUUAAGUGUAUGUAUUUGGUAUUGUAAUUGUAAUUAUGUAA